GACACUGCAGGACCUGCAGAGACGGCACGACAAGCACGCGAAGGACAUCUCCGCGCUGAGCGGCGCGCACGCCUCGCUCCCCGAGCGCGUGGGGUACCUGGAGCAGAUUGCUGGUGACUCCAAGGACAAGCACGACAAGCUCGCCGCGGACCUGGCGUCGCACAAGGGGGCGAUCGACAAGCACAGGAACGAAGUGAAGGAUCACCACGGCACCGUCGAGCAGCGCCUCGCCUACCUCGAGAAGGAGCUUGGGGACUCGUUCGACAAGCAUGCCAAGCAGGUGGACGAGUUGAAAAAGUCACACGACAAGCACGCCAAGCAAGUGUCCGACAUGAAGGACGCCCACGCGCGGCACGCGACCCUCGAGGAGCGCAUGAGCUACAUCGAGAAGGAGCUCGGCGACUCGGCGGACAAGCACGCCAGGGCAAUCUCCGAGCUGAAGAAGAAGCACGAGGAUCUGCGGAGCGCCCACGGGCAGCACGCGACCGUGCCGGAGCGCCUGAAGUUCCUGGAGCAGCAGUUAGGCGACUCCGCGGACAAGCACGCCCAGCACAUCGCGGAGAUCGAGGCCUUGAAGAAGUCCCACGACAAGCACGCGAAGGAGGUCGGGAGCCUGAAGGAGACGCACUACGCCUCGUUGCCAGAGCGGGUCGCCUACCUCGAGCAGGAGAUAGGCGACUCCGCGGACAAGCACGCGAAGGCGCUCAACGACAUCAAGAAGGCCCACAGCGACCACCUCAAGCAGGUCGGGGAGAUCAAGGGCGCCCACGCGUCAGUGGAGGAGCGAUUGGCCUUCAUCGAGAAGCAGAUCGGCGACUCCGCCGACCACCACAUGAGGGAGAUCAGCGACCUCAAGGGCGCCCACGGCAGGCAUGCCAGGGAGCUGGAGAGCGUUAAGACCGUGCACGAAAGACACGCGUCGUUGGAGGAGCGGGUCGCCUAUCUGGAGAAGGAUAUCGGCGAUUCGGCGGACCAGCACCGGAGGGCAGUCGAGGAGCUGAAGAGGUCAACAGACAAGCAGCUCAAGGGCCUGGAGCACCACGCCUCCUUCGGGGAGCGGAUCGAGUUCCUGGAGAAG